ACACGUGGUUUAAAAACUUGCAGGGUGGCCCGCGGAAAUCUGUCAAAGAACUGCGCGCACUUUGUAGACGUGUCUAACUUGUCUCAGUGUAGUAGUUAAUAUUUGUCAUUUAAAAAAAAUAUAUAUAUAAUUGUGUCUUCUACAAACGUGCGCUAUAACGGGUAGUUAAAACAGCAGCCAGGCAAGUCCCUGCUUUUCGUGGUAUAUUUUUUUCAUUAGCUAGCUAACGAUAGCGCAUGUUUGUUUCUGUGUAAUAUUUCCUCGUUCAAAACAUCUGGGAACUCGGAAAAAUACGAGGUCAAAUCAUUCAGAUCUUCAGGUUCGGAGCUCUAGAAAGAGGCCCGAGGUUCCCAGUUGUCUGGAAUGCGCGGAAGUUGGAGAUUUUCAAGUUCCCAUUUCCGAGUUUCCAGUUGUUUUGAACUCGGCCUCAUAAGAGCUCCGAUCUCCGUAUGAGUGUUGCAGGUAGUAGUGAUGAUGCUCAGCAUGACAGUGGAAGUGGUGUGGUGAUGAACGUGUGUUUAUGUGCAGUAUGAGUAUAUUGGAGGUGAGGUUUGUGGGUGACACAGAUGCACUGGAACACAUGGUGGACAAAGAACAAGAUGUGCAGGGCAGCAGUAUGCAGGGCAGCAGUAUGCAGGGCAGCAGUAUGCAGAGGCUGGUGACUCAGAGGAGUGAAGCGGAGAGGAGCGGUAGAGAGGAUGAGGCAGGCCUUAGUGAGCUGCACUAUGUCCAGGUCCUCGGAACAGACGAGGGGGAGGAGUGUGUAGCAGCAGCAGCAGGAGGAGGAGCAGUGUUCACCUUUCAGACGGUCAAACGCUCCAACAGGAUGUCCCAGAUGGCGUCUGAGCUGGCUCGGACCCCAUCGAGGAGUGUGACCUUCAGAACAACACCUGAGACUUCUGGCCCCGCCCACAAUGGCUGCAAUGCGAGUGAGAACAGGACUCCUCAGAAGGGCAGGAAGGUGCAGUUUGUUUCCACAACGCCCCACAGACUCAGGAAGAGACUCUCAGCUCCCAGCCUGAGAUCCGACAGCGACAGCGAGCUCUCUCCCUCUGACUCUGGAGAGGAGGAGGAGGAGGAUGAUGAAGAUGAUAAGGGGAAGAGAGAGGAGGACAGAGUGAAUCAGUCCAGCACACCCAGUAAGCCUUCAGCCACAGCUCUCUAUAAGACACCUGCUAAGAAGAGCAAGACCGCCCCAGAUCCACCCUGCCGGGUUAGUCACCCAGAACCACCCUGCCAGGUUAGUCACCCAGAACCACCCUGCCAGGUUAGUCACCCAGAACCACCCUGCCAGGUUAGUCACCCAGAACCACCCUGCCAGGUUAGUCUCCCAGAACCACCCUGCCGGGUUAGUCACCCAGAACCACCCUGCCGGGUUAAUCACCCAGAUCCACCCUGCCGGGUUAGUCUCCCAGAACCACCCUGCCAGGCCAGUCUGGUCGAGGAAUACUUUGAGGCUCACGGCAGUUCUAAAUUCCUGACAUCAGACCGGACCCUGCAGCGCCUACACACACCUAAACUAGACCGGGAGACCUUGUUCCGUCUGUUAGAAGGGAAACCGGCGUGUUAUUCUUCAGAGAUUGAGAAGCUCCACUCCAGUCACCAUGAACACUUCAACAAGUGGAUGCUGCAGCUACAGCUGGGUUACAGUGUGUUGCUGUACGGGCUGGGCAGUAAGAAGGCCUUACUCGAGGAGUUCCGAGUGUCUCUGCUCUGUCAGGAGAUACACCUGGUUGUCAACGGAUUCUUCCCUUCCAUCUCUCUCAAAUCAAUCCUGACUGCUCUGUCUGCAGAGAUUCUAGAACACCAAGGAACGUUCCGGAACCCUGCUGACCAACUACAGUACAUCACCACCACCCUCAGAGAACAGCCGGACCUCCAUGUGUACCUGUUGAUCCACAACAUUGACGGUCCCAUGCUCCGUGGAGGGAAGACCCAGAAUGCACUGGGCCAACUGGCCUCACUACCCAACCUGCACCUUGUCGCCUCCAUCGACCACAUCAACGCACCGCUCGUGUGGGACCAGUGUAAACUGAGUCAGUUUAACUGGUUGUGGUGGGAGUGCGUGUGUUUCCAGCGUUAUGUGGAGGAGACGUCCUAUGAGAACUCUCUACUAGUUCAACAGACUGGAGCCCUCGCCCUCUCCUCCCUGACACACGUCCUGCGCAGCCUUACGGCUAACGCCAGGGGCAUCUUUAAACUGCUGGUGGAGUUUCAACUGGAUAACAAAGACAACCCUUCAUACACAGGCUUGUCAUUCCAGGACUUCUACCAGCGUUGUCGGGAAGCCUUCCUGGUGAACUCUGACCUCACCCUGCGUACCCAGCUCACAGAGUUCAGAGACCACAAACUCAUCCGCACACGCAAGGGUGCUGAUGGAGUGGAGUACCUGCUGGUUGCUGUGGAGACCAGCACGCUGACUGACUUCCUGGAGAAAGAAGUAGAGUGAGGAGAGGAUCAUGUUCCGUCUUUCUCUCCAACCCAAGAGAACUGGGCCUCACUGGGUCAGACAACUGGGCGGUAUUGAUAACUGGGCCUCACUGGGUCAGACAACUGGGCGGUAUUGAGAACUGGGCCUCACUGGGUCAGACAACUGGGCGGUAUUGAGAACUGAGCCUCACUGGGUCAGACAACUGGGCGGUAUUGAGAACUGGGCCUCACUGGGUCAGACAACUGGGCGGUAUUGAUAACUGGGCCUCACUGGGUCAGACAACUGGGUCGUAUUGAUAACUGGGCCUCACUGGGUCAGACAACUGGGUCGUAUUGAUAACGUCUCGUCAGAGUCGUUUUUCCUUU